GAACUACAGCCCCAAUUUAUCACGAAACAUUCAGUUCAAAUCUAACAACAGCUACAUCCCUCUGUCUCUGUCUUUCUCUCUCUCCAUCUUCCCAUAAAGUCGAGAAAACGAACGAGAGUAGCCCAGAGCCAAGAACAAGAAUAUCUUGAAUAGAGACAGCCAAAUAAAGGAGCCAUGGCGGAUCUGAAGUCAACGUUCUUGAAUGUCUAUUCUAUUCUCAAGAAACAGCUUCUUGAAGACCCGGCUUUUGAAUGGACUCCUGAUUCCCGUGAAUGGGUUAACCGGAUGUUGGACUACAAUGUGCCUGGAGGGAAGCUGAAUAGGGGGCUCUCUGUGAUUGAUAGCUACCAAUUGUUGAAAGAAGGACAGGAAUUAACUGAAGAAGAAAUCUUUCUUGCAAGUGCUCUUGGUUGGUGUAUUGAGUGGCUUCAAGCUUAUUUUCUUGUCCUUGAUGACAUUAUGGAUGGCUCUCAUACAAGACGUGGUCAGCCUUGUUGGUUUAGGGUACCCAAGGUUGGUAUGAUUGCAGCAAAUGAUGGGGUUUUACUUCGAAAUCAUAUUCCCAGGAUUCUCAAGAACCACUUUCGAGGGAAGGCAUACUACGUAGAUCUUCUAGAUUUGUUUAAUGAGGUCGAGUUCCAAACAGCCUCAGGACAGAUGAUAGAUUUGAUCACAACACUAGAAGGAGAAAAGGAUUUAUCCAAAUACACUUUGUCACUUCACCGGCGAAUUGUUCAGUACAAAACUGCCUACUACUCAUUUUACCUUCCUGUUGCUUGUGCAUUGCUCAUGGCGGGUGAGAAUCUGGAUGACCAUAUUGAUGUAAAGAACAUUCUUGUGGAUAUGGGAAUCUACUUCCAAGUACAGGAUGAUUAUUUGGAUUGCUUUGGUGAUCCCAAGACAAUUGGUAAGAUAGGAACAGAUAUUGAAGAUUUUAAGUGCUCUUGGCUGGUGGUAAAGGCUUUGGAACUUUGCAAUGAUGAACAAAAGAAAGUGUUACAUGAAAACUAUGGCAAAGCUGACCCGGAGUGUGUAACAAAGGUGAAAGUCCUUUACAACGAGCUGAAUCUUCAGGGGGUAUUUACCGACUAUGAGAACAAAAGCUAUGAGAAACUAGUAACCUCCAUUGAAGCUCAUCCUAGCAAGGCAGUGCAAGCAGUGUUGAAGUCUUUCCUGGCAAAAAUUUACAAGAGACAGAAAUAAUAAAAAAAAGGCGGUCAAAGGUUGGAUCGUGCGAAUAAUGCUAGUUUGUUUUCGAGUUGUAUCUGUAUCGGUCUAAUUGAGGAUGAUGAUUAUUGAUUUGCUUGUAGCAUAUUGUUGAACAGUAGAUACUGUGAUUAUUUUUGCUUGUCAGGAAAUUGAAUGAAUGGUUUUUAUCAUCAAUAAGAUUCAAGCCAUUUCAUCAA